AUGGACCACAACAUUAUUAAGACCGGUGUGAUCAAGACUGAGAUCAUCAAGGACCGCCCCCGAACUCUCAAGACACGCAAGAAGAGGAACCCUCAGAAAACUCAGAAUCCUGUUGUAAACGCUCGGGGGUGCGCGAUUGGGCAUAAACCACCACCACACCCAACCUACGAUGAGCGCCGAGGACUGGGAGCUAAUGACAACAAAAACAAUGACCAACUUACUCCACAUCGCGUCUUCAAGCCAGAUACUUACCCUGAAUACUUCAAAUCAGGAGAUAUCACAGUAUCUUGGGGCCCCUGGCGUUUCCUCGCAUGCCCCACCGCAAAUAUAAAAUGCCCUGACUGUGGGAACUUCCCCUUCCACUUUGGUUGCCUCGUCGUCGACAUUGACGGUGACUGUGCCAGUAACAUUCCCAACAAAGGUGAGCCCACCUGCUCAAUGGGUGUAUUCUUCGGGCACAACAAUGAAUACAACGUCGCGACAAAGGUCAAGGAAACCCCAAAUACAGCCCAGGUCGCUUUACUCAAGGCUUGUCUCUCUGCUCUCAUUACAACCAUCAAUGUCUGUCAGGUUGAUAAGCCGAAGCAUGGAAAUGAAUACACCCAUCCACUCCAUACACUUGUUCUUCGAACGGACUCGCUUUAUAUCUUCCAGGGUGUCACUGAGUGGAUGCCUAAGUGGAAAGCUAAUGGGUGGAAGAAUUCGCGGGGUCGUCCUAUUGCCAAUGAUAGCUUGUGGCGCAUGGUGGAUGUGUGGAUUCGUCACCUUGAACCUACUGUUGCUGUGCAAUUCUGGCUUGUGCCUCGAGAGCAGAAUCCGACAGCGCACAGUAUGACGAAGUGGGCACUUGAGAACUGA